UAUACUGAUGGAUACGUUAAGAACUCUCUACUUCUUCGAGAAAGAGAGAGAGAGGGAGGGACAGAGAGAUGGCGAUGGCAAGCAGAUUGCGAGCUCGCGUAGUUCUUUCGAGGUGCGAGUGGAGUAAUCUUCGAUCUCUACUUCGGCCCUCUUUGAAUCGAGGGUUCUCCUCGAGUUCCAUUCCUUCCCACCUAGAGAGGGUUGGAUUCAUUGGACUUGGAAAUAUGGGUUUCCAUAUGGCAAGUAAUCUGAUAACUGCUGGAUACAAAAUCACCGUUCAUGACAUUAAUUACAAUGCCCUGAAAAAGUUCUCGGAGAAGGGAAUUCCUGCAAAAGAAACUCCUUGUGAAGUUGCAGAGUCAAGUGAUGUGAUAAUUACAAUGCUACCUUCUUCCUCCAAUGUUUUGGAUGUCUAUACCGGACGAAAUGGCUUGCUACAUUGCAGGAGUCAUCUAAGCCCAUGGUUGUUUAUAGACUCUUCAACAAUUGAUCCACAAACUUCAAGAAUGCUUUCCACGAACAUCUCAAAAUGUCUUCUAAAAGAAAAGAAAGGGUUUGCAAACAAUCCACUCAUGUUGGACGCUCCUGUAUCUGGAGGCGUUCCCGCUGCACAAGCAGGGACCCUUACUUUUAUGGUUGGUGGCUUAGAGGAGGCAUAUCUGGCUGCAAAGCCCUUAUUUCUCUCAAUGGGUAAACAGACAAUCUAUUGUGGCAGUUCUGGCAAUGGUGCUGCAGCAAAAAUUUGCAAUAAUUUGGCAAUGGCUGUUAGCAUGCUUGGGGUCUCUGAAGCUUUUGUUCUUGGUCAGCAUCUAGGGAUUACAGCUAGCACAUUAACAAAAAUUUUCAAUUCAUCAAGUGCUCGCUGUUGGAGUAGUGAUAGUUACAAUCCAGUCCCUGGAAUAAUGGAAGGGGUGCCUUCAUCAAGGAAUUAUGAUGGCGGGUUCACAUCUAAACUCAUGGCUAAAGACUUGACACUGGCCGUGUCAUCUGCAGCAGAGAUCGGUCUCAAGUGCCCGCUUACUUCUGAAGCACGUGAUAUUUACAUGGAAUUGUGUGAGAAGGGCUACGACUCUAAGGACUUCUCCUGUGUCUUCCGCCAUUAUUACUCUGGUUUGGCAGCUUUUGUACGAAGAUCUCCCAUCUCAUAUGCAGUGCAAGCAAGAUUUUUAAAACAACAAUGCUGUCCGAUUAUAAUGCAGGCCUAGUUUUUAAUCUGCUGUAGAAUUCUUGCUCUGUCAGCUUCGCCAACUUUUGUAUGAAGUUCUCUUCUCUUAUAUACACCACAAGCUUAUUUUUUGAAGAAAUGAUGAUGUGUUUUUGAGCUCUUUCAUCCUACAAUUUCAAUGUUUUGGUACA